AUGGCUGUCAAAAGUGCCAGAACUGGAGUGCUGAUCCUAGGCGGAGGCGUCGUGAAACAUCACAUUAAUAAUGCGAAUCUCAUGCGAAAUGGCUCCGACUACACAGUUUAUAUCAAUACCGGAAUGGAGUUCGACGGAUCCGAUUCCGGCGCACAGCCGGAUGAGGCAGUAAGCUGGGGGAAGAUCAAGCCAGCCGCCCAAGCUGUAAAAGUUUGCGCCGAUGCCACCCUAGUCUUCCCCCUGCUUGUUGCGGAAACUUUUGCCAAGAGAGUACUAAAAAACAGAUAA